UUUCCGGAAAUGACGUAAUGUUGUUAUUAUUCCAGGAAGAGGGCUCGGGAAAGCACUGAACUGCGUCAACAAUUGUUUUUAUGAUACAUUCGGGUUUCAGCAGCGGUUCAGCAUGGCAACUGGCCACUGUUGAGUGAUUUAUGGAACUGUUCCUGGACGGGACUUUAUUAAGCAACGACAUGGACACGUCAAACUUUGCCCACGUCAUCUUCCAGAAUGUGGGGAAGAGCUACAUGCCCCACGCUGCUCUGGAGUGUCACUAUACCCUGACACAGUUCAUCAAACCACAUCCAAAGGACUGGGUCGGCAUAUUCAAGGUCGGCUGGAGCACAGCGAGGGACUAUUACACAUUCUUGUGGUCGCCUCUCCCUGAGAACUAUGUGGAAGGCACCGCAGUCCACCGAACGGUGGUCUUUCAGGGAUAUUAUGUUCCCAACGACGACGCUGAGUUCUACCAGUUCUGUUAUGUGACCCAUAAAGGGGAGAUCAGGGGCGCCAGCACGCCGUUCCAGUUUCGUGCCAACAGCCCGUCAGAGGACGAGCUGCUGACGGUGGAAGAUGAGUGCAACUCUGACAUCCUGGUGGUGACCACCAAGGCCGGCUUCCUGGAGCAAAAGAUGGAAGAAGCUCUGAGAGAAAAGGAGGAGCUGGUGAAGAACAUGACGCUGCUGCAGCAGGAGAAGGAGCAGCUGGAAGCUACCAAGGAGAGUCUGCAGAAGGAGUGUGAGCAGGAGAAGGAGGCCUGCGCCCAGCUGAGGAGAGAGAGCCAAGAGGUCCAGAGCUCUUCCCAGGCCCUGCAGGAGGAGAAAGAGGAGGUGAAGCGGAGGCUGGAGGAGGCCACAGCCAGAGUCCUCCAGCUGGAGGAGGAUCUGAUCGGAGUCACCCAGAAGGGCCUGCAGAAGGAAACCGAGCUGGACAGUCUGAAGGAUCGAGUGAAGAAACUCACAGCAGAGAAAGAAGCGCUGGAGUCUCAUCUGAAGAAUGAGAAGGAUGAGAAGGAGCUCUACAAGAUUCACCUGAAGAACCGGGAGCUGGAGAACACUAAGCUGAGUGCAGAGCUGCAGAUGCUGAAGUCUGUGGACGUGAACAAGGAGAACACCAUCGCCCAGUUCAAGGAGGAGGUGGGCCGCCUGCAGGCCUGCCUCACCGAGAAGGAGAAGCAGUACAGGGAGAUCCUGGCCAAAGUCCCCUCCUUGGGAGACAUGAAGGCCCUGAAGGAGCAGCUGAGGCAGAAGGAGGAGCAGCUCCAGGCCAAACAGCAGCAGGCCUCCCUGUUAGCUGCUGAGCUCCGAGACGCCUCCAGCACCCGGGACCGCACCAUGUCCGAACUCUACCACAAGAAGCUGGAGGCCGACGGCCUGCGCCAGGCCAAGGAGGAGGCGCAGGCCCAGUGCCUCCUGCUGGAGCGGCUGGUGGAGCAGAUGAACGCUCAGGCGGAGCAGGAAGCUGCCAAAGCAGCAGAAGAAGCUGCAGCAGAUCCGGCUGUUGUAGCAGAUCUGCAGCGAGAGGUGGAGGACCUGAAGCUGCGGCUGCACAUGGCUGCAGAACACUACAAGGAGAAAUACAAAGAAUGUCAGCGGCUGCAGAAACACGUGCUGAGGUUCUCCGACCAGCAGGGGGAUCUAAAGAGGAGCUCAGCACCAGAGGCCUCAACGAUCCCUCCAUCAGUGAGUCCAGACACGUCAGUGCCAGGGAGUCCAGGCUCUGCUGAUCCCAUGCUGGAAGCCAUCAUCCAGGAGAAGCUGAAAGGAAUCAGCAGAGAAGCUUCGGACAGGAACGACAAGUACAGGAAAUGCAAACAGAUGCUGGUGGAGGAGAAGGAGCGGAGCUGCAUGUUUGCUGAUGAGCUGGCCAAGAUGGAGGUGAAGUUUAAGGAACAGCUGAAGAUGAAUGAGAACAUGAAACUGCAGCUGGCAGCAGAAGAAGAUCGUUACAAGAGCCAGGUGGCUGAGAAGGGCCGCGAGGUGAAGGAGCUGAAGGACACACUAGCACUUGUUGUGAAGGAGAAGGAAAAAGUGGAGGGGGAGCUCCAGAAGAGCGGCAGGAAGGGAGAGCAGGGUUCCAGUGAGAAAACCAGUCUGGAGAGCGUCCAGACCAGUGUGCCUUUAUUCCUGCAGUACCCCGUCCCCUACGCCCAGGACGCCCCCACCCCCUUGCUGGUCUCCCAGAGUCCCAGCAAGCUGCAUUAUGGGAACCCGUACACCAUCUCAGACUCUAAAGAUGAUGAUGAAGAUGAAGAGUUCUCUGAUGAGCAGCUGCUGAGGCUGCCCCCCGUGGGCCCCCCCUCCUGGGACAGCAACGUGGUGUGUAUCCAACCCACGCGCAGCCGGCCGGAAGGCAACGAGGAGUCGGAGGAGAAGCAGAACAACAACAAUGGUAACACCAACGAACCGCCUGCAGCCACUGAGACUCACAGCCCGUUUGUGACUGACGGACAGACGGCGUUCUGCUUUGAUCCCAGCAUGGACAUGAAGCGGUGUCCCCUGUGUGAGGUGAUCUUCCCUCCCAACUACGACCAGAGUAAGUUUGAGGAGCACGUGGAGAGCCACUGGAAGAUCUGCCCCAUGUGCAGCGAGCAGUUCCCGCUGGACUGCGACCAGAAGGUGUUUGAGAAUCACGUGCUGACUCACUUCGACGGCCACCCGCUCAACUUCGACUGAAAAAAACCAGAAAAUCAGCACAUCCAGUCUGCCUACUUCCUGUCGCCACUGAAAUAAAUCACUCUGCACUCUUUUCUGCAUGUAAUGUGUGAAGAUCUCUCUUUAGGACUUUACUGACUUUCGCUUUGUUACUUCAACUUAGAGACAAACUUUGAAGUGAUGUGACAUUUUAAAAGACAUUCUGAUUCAGUGUGUAAGGCAGGGCUACUGAAGCUACGUUUUAUAGGUGAGACUUCCCUUGAUUUGGAUUUGAGGAAUAAUUUAGCGGGAUAAGACUGUUGUACGUAUAUUUACUGACUUUAAUUGACUCAGAUGUGUCAGACUACAGGAUGUAACGAAUCAGGGAAAGAGAUAAGUGUUUACCAAACUUACAUUUAAAACAUCCAACCAAAUGGUUCCCCAAACAUCACUGUACAAGUCAUUCAUUCUUUAUAGGAGCAGCCUUGGUGCACUAUAUGCAGUCAGGGAGAACACCAUGAUAAUACAGUAUAUCAUCAGAUCAUCUAUUUUAGAAUAAUUAAAGCCAAUGAUAUCGUGGAAGCCUUGAUACUUUGUGUAUGAUAUAGAUUUGUUUUAUGUUAGGUUUCCUUUGUUUUGGUUUUAUAGAUAUUUAAUUGGAUUUUUGUGUCUGAAUCCUUAAGAAACAUCAUAUUAUCAGCUAAUCAGUGCAUGCUGAGCUUAUGUUAAAUUUCCUUCUUUUGUUCUUCUCUUUUACAGUAAUAAGUUAUUUCAUUCAUCCAAAUGUUUCAUUUGUUAAGUGCGUUUCAUGUAUCUAAUACAAACUAAUAAAGUCUGUUUGAAUCUGAA